AUGUUCUUGUUUAACUCAGGUGUGUACGUGUCCAAGUACUCGGACUGCCUGGACUUAAACCGCUGGUACCACGGGAAGUCUGGGUACAUCGCCAUCAUCAAGCUCACCAAGGGCAGGGUCAGAGAGGUGACUGAGAACUACACAGUAAACUACACCUCUCCCUCUAAUGAGUUUGACUGUCAUGUAUCAGAGCAGCUCAGUUCUGUAUCAGCCAACACCAGCUCCUUCCUGGCCUUCGAGAGAACACAGUACUACAUGUAUGAGCUGCCUGUUGGAGGGGCAGUCCAGCCUCCCAGCCAUGUCUGCCCAUUCGCUAUCGUGGCUUUCUCCUAUUGGGAUACCAAGACAUCCGCAUCAGAGGAGCAGGAGAAAAGGUACACUUCCCUCUUUCCCCUCAUGGGGGUUUGUAACAAACGACAUUAUGCUCAAUAGAAAAUAUUAGGUGAAAA